AUGGCAGUUUCGUCAAUAUUUUCGUCUGACCCGUGGUCUGACAACGAGACUCACGUAGGACUGGAAUGGCAGAACCGAAGUAAUAAUGUAAAAAUUAAAAUAAAACAAACUUUCGAAUUGCAUGCUUGAAUCCGUCAAAAAUAUUCAAAGCUCUAUAUAUAUAAUAGCUGUAUUACCGCAAUGAUCUUUUUCGCUGUACUUUUAUAGCUGGUCAUUUGGAGUUGUGUUGUGGGAACUUUUUAAACUGGGUAGGUGAAGAAUAAAAAAUUAAGACACUGAUCUUUUAUCAAGUAGUUGAUGCAUUAUCAUGCAUAUUACGCCCUCGGCCCUAUACUAAUCCUCUGCGCAUGUCAAUACAUUGUUGAAAUUUAUUUUGGCGUUAGUUAAACCACAGAAUUAAACAACCGUCUCCAAACGUUUAUGUAAUAGAUAAAGCAUUGAGCAUUAGUGCUCAUUUUGAGCUAAAAUUCAGACCGCGUCGUACAUCGUAAAUUCUCUCUCUAUACAAACUCAAGCCGAAGACAAGGGCCGGGUUGUAUGUCUGAUACAACACGGACGCGUGCAAAUAUACUUUAUAUAGCUUGUGAAACGUCUCGAUCAGAGCAUUCGUAUUCUUCAACAUUUUAAAGUAAAUGAAUGAUAUUUGGAGAGAGUUUAUGUAAAUCAGCAUAAUUCUCUGUAUCAGAUACAAAGUUAACUCCUUCAUGCUCAUGAUUUCUUCAAGCGUUUUCUUCAUGAAUUAUCAAUGAGUUUCACAAAAUUAUAUAGGGUAAGCGCCUAAGCCUACAUAUAUAUGAUUUUGUAAGUACUAUUUAAAGUACGAGUAGGAGUGUUUUAUCACAUAUAAAACACGACGCGUAGCGGAGUGUUUUAUAUGUGAUAAAACACGACUACGAAUGAUUUUUAAAGUAAACUUUGUCUAAACCGAGAAAAUCAAAGCUAAAGUUUAUGUAAAUUAACAUGAUUUUUUAUCACAUAUAAAACCACGACACGCUUAUGAUUUUCUUCGUGUUUUCCUCCUGAAUUAUUAAUGAGUUUUUUAAAGCUUAUUAAUAGUGAGAAAGUGAGCAUCAUGUGCCACUCAUUAUCUAAUCGUUCUGGUUUUGAUUAAUAGAGUUUAAGUUAGACUUCCGAUACCGAUACCAAUACCGAUACCGAUAUCUUCAGUUCCGUUCUCAUUUUGGUACCGGGAAUUUUAAAGCGUUAAGUAAUCACGACAGAUAAAGUAUAGAACACAUUAAUCGUCACCGGCCGAAAAUGUGCGGUAUACUAAACGGCAGCUGAGCUAAAAUUCCGACUAAAACAUGACUCAGGCGAUGCUAAUAAACAAAUAGUUUACGUGUUUAUCGUAAAAAUUAUGAAAUAUCCGAUUUAUAUGAGUUUAUCUUACAAUUCCCACGACUUCCAAAACAAGGCCGACUUCGGUAGUGGUGACUCCCAAUUAAUACACUUGUCCUCGUACUUCUUGCGAGCAAAGCGCAUGCGUAUGACAUGUUGUUAGUAUCGGUAUUAGUGGUAUCGGAAGUCGAACUUAAACUCUCUAAUAUCCUGAAUGGCUGAAUGUGUUAACCGCGUGUGAUGUUUUAUUUGUCUCAUGCAUGCUUUGGCUCAAAGAUUUUUUACAUACCUUGACAAACCUUGAUGAAACAAUACUACAUUCUGUUGACUGAAUUUAGUUUUCGAUUGUUUACAAUAGGUCAAACCCCUUAUCCUGGUAUAUCAAACCUUGAUGUGUUUACGUACUUACUAGCAGGUGAAAGAAUGGCGAUUCCGACACGUUGUCCUUGGACAAUGUAUGUAACAAUUAUUUCAUGUAAAAUAUAAGUUAUGAAGUGGUAACAAGUGACCCUAUCCUCUUGGUUUGAUGUUCUUUGUUAUACUUUACGAACCCUGAUCUAAUCUCCCAUCUCACCCUCACAUAAUUCGAAGGCUAGUAAGUACAUUUCUGUAUGUCUGCGGCGUUAAAAUAUCUUGUAGGCUCUUGCCGACAUGUUUUUCUUCGAAUUUUGUGUUAAACUGUAUUACAGUUAAAAAAUGUGAAAUUUCAGAUACAUUUCUAAUACAAAUGACUUGCAUCGAUAGAAAGCUAACCAACUACAUUUAAAUAGUUAGCUGGGAUUUUCAAGUGAUUUUCGAGUUAUUGCUGUUCCAAAUGUGAAAAAUAAGCCAAAAUCUCGCAAAAAUCCUGCAUGGAUACUAUAGUCUGAACUACACGCUUUCAACAGCUAGCUCAUAACUCAAGAAGAACUUGAAAAACUCUAGUAACCGUUUAAAUGUCUUAAAUGUCGUUUUUGCAAGCUUUCAAAUGAUGUAAGUCAUUUUUGUUAAUAGAAAUGUAUUUGAAAUUUUACAUUUUUUAACUGUAACAUACAGUUUAAUACAAAUUACCAGUAAUAGAGUUUAAUACUAAUUACCAGCCUUCAGGGCACAAUAUGAGGGCAAAAUGGAAUUGACCUCGAUAUGGAAAGUUUUCCAUAAUUUUUGUUACUCUAUCUGCCUGACUAAUAUAGCUUUAAGAGUACCUCUAGUCACUGUUAAGCAAAACUUUCUUCGUGUUUGGCGAAACCACAACUUCGUUUAGUACAAAAAGUUGUUCGUUUGUGAUAGGUACGAAACGGGAAGCCAUUUUGUUUUUGUGAAGGUGGAGGCACAGAAUACUACACAGAAGUCCAUCUCCAUUAUUUUUUGCGUAAACUCUAUUCGUCAUGAUUCGUCAUUCUACUUGUUGAGUGACGAAUCAUGACGAAUAACGCUUACGCAAAAAACAAUGGAGAUGGACUUCUGUGUAGUAUUCUGUGGUGGAGGUGAAUAGUGCAAGAAUAUCCGGAGUUGAGCAACCAUGCAAUCAAAUUGCGUAAACAACACUAUCCACCUCCCGAGUAUAUGCUACAAAGUGAUCAUCAUGGUAACCUUAUAUAUAGAAUUGAGUGAUUUUAAUUCUAUGUCAUACAUGCAUAUAUUUAUUUAGUGUAUGUUUAUAUUAAUUUAGACAGAUAUAAAUUGAUAGAUUGAUUGAUUGAACGCGUCCCAUUUCACUCAGUAAGAUGGGAAUUUUUAUUUAAUUUCACGUGAUUAGCCAACUAAAUGAAUUCAAUAGACAAUAAAGUGCAAUUCUCUUUAUUGCAUUCUAACAGCACCGAGUUAAUGAAACAAUGUUGGGAAAACCAGCCAGACAAUCGUCCAUCUUUUGCAAUGAUGGUUAAAAUGCUCCACGAUUAUGUUGCUAAUGAAAGGAAUUUUCAG